CUGGAGACGCUAUUGUGGGGAGAGAAAUAAGUCAAAUAACCCUCUGGUAGUCUCAUAGCAAAAUCAAUGGAAAUGGCAAAGGAAGCGGAAGGCGGGAAGACAGUGGAAGGCGGGAAGACAGUGGAAGAAUGCCAAAGCAUGAUUCAGAAGAGCCUCCGAACUCCCAUGGUGAAGUUCCUGAGGGGGCGUAUGGAGAAAGCUGGGUGCGGAGUAGGUGAAAAUUUCUUCAAGGCUAUACAUUGUGACCAGAAUGUUGGUGGCGGCUAUGCUCCCGGCGAUGGGGUAGUUGUAUGUAGCAACCACAUGAAAAUUCAAGAUGAGGUAAACCAAGUAGUCAUCCAUGCACUGAUCCAUGCGUAUGAUGACUGCCGUGCAAAUAUUGACUGGACAAACUGUGCUCAUCUUGCUUGCAGCAAGAUUAGAGCUAAUCAUCUAAGCGGUGAUUGUCAUUACAAGAGGGAGUUCCUUAGAGGCAAUUUAAAGAUAAGAGGUCAUGAACAAGAGUGUGUAAAGCGGCGAGUGAUGCAAGAACUGAAGCCUCACUUCACCGAAACUGCUGCCCGAGAUGCUAUGGAAGCUGUGUGGGAAACUUGCUAUAAUGAUACUCAGCCCUUUGAUAGAGCUCCGUAAAGAGUGUAUGGUGUCUUUCCUCUUUGAGUGAAGCAUUUUCUUAAACAUCACGAUUCUAUUGACACCAUGACACUCGGUGCAAUUGGGAGCCCUAUGGUGCUUUGUUUGAUCCCAAAGUGGUUCCUACUCCCUUUGACCCUCCUAGCCUGCCCCUACUCCAAUCAUUUGACAGUGGAGGUCACACAAAUCGGAGUACGGAAUCAUUUUGGGGUUGAACAGAGCACAAUAUUGCCCUCAUACGGAUUGAUGUCAUAGUAUGACACCAACCCUUUGUGUCAAAAUAACCACUCCUUUUUAUAGGCCUCUCCUAUAAACCUUUGGUUUGCAUUAAACAUCGCUUCACAAUUAAAUGCCAAAAUUUUUAAAUGUGAAUUUUUGGCUUCUUGUGCACAUUUCAGUUUUUUUCUUCUUGUGAAAUUUGAGGUAGGGGUAUCUUGGAAACAACUUUUCUACUAUCUAGUAGAGGUAAGAUUUAAUUUGGUCUGAAAAUGCUCAUACCUACAUAACAUUACAGCUUUGGAUGUUGGAAAUGUGUUCCAAAUCCUGUCACUUGAAUGGGAUAAUC